ACCUAAGGUAAAAAGGCUGUUUAAAAAUAUAUAGUAGCAGAGAGGAGAGAGCAUAUAGUAGAGUGUGGAAAGAAGGAAGCAAAAGGGGGAGAGAGAAAAGUAUGACAAGGAGAUGAAAGAAAUCAGACAACAACCUUCUUAGCCUCCUCCUCUCCACUAGCUUCUUCUCCCUUGCCAUGAGUUCCCUAGUAGACCAGGACUAGCAGGCAAGAGCAAGCAGCUGGAAGAGUAUUAGCAGCAUGCAGCUCUAGAGACGACAGGCACAGAGGAGGGGAGAGCUUCUUGUCGAUUCCUUUGUUGUUGUUUCAGAUCGAUUCCAAGCAGAUACUUACAUAAGUAUUGAGAGCUUCUUGCAGUGACGGGAAAUCAAGAAAAGAAAGCUGCUACUAGCCCAAGCCAAAGCUCUACAAGAAGGGAAAAGAUUCCCUUCUGUUCUUGAGUAGCUAGCUUCGCUCGAGGGUAAUUAAAUCUGAGAGCGGCCAUGGCAUCCAACUCAUCAGCGGCAGCUGUGGCGGCGUUGUUUGGAAUUAGGGAUGGCGACCAUGAGGACCAGAUUAAGCCGCUAUUUGCCCAGCAGCAGCAACACCACCACCACCAGCCACCUAUGGCGCCAUCCAACGCCGCGGCGGCGGCUUCUGCGGCAGGGUCGGCGGCCGGUCAAGCGGCCGUGGCGGCGCCACCAGCGAAGAAGAAGAGAACCUUACCAGACCCGGACGCGGAGGUGAUAGCGCUGUCGCCGAAGACGCUGCUGGCGACGAACCGGUUCGUGUGCGAGGUGUGCAACAAGGGGUUCCAGCGGGAGCAGAACCUGCAGCUGCACCGGCGCGGGCACAACCUGCCGUGGAAGCUGAAGCAGAAGAACCCGCUGCAGGCGCAGCGCCGCCGGGUGUACCUGUGCCCGGAGCCGACGUGCGUCCACCACGACCCCUCCCGCGCCCUCGGCGACCUCACCGGCAUCAAGAAGCACUUCUGCCGCAAGCACGGCGAGAAGAAGUGGAAGUGCGACAAGUGCUCCAAGCGCUACGCCGUCCAGUCCGACUGGAAGGCCCACUCCAAGAUCUGCGGCACCCGCGAGUACCGCUGCGACUGCGGCACCCUCUUCUCCCGGAGGGACAGCUUCAUCACCCACCGCGCCUUCUGCGACGCCCUCGCCCAGGAGAGCGCGCGGCUGCCACCCGCCGCCGCCGGCCACCUCUACGGCUCCGCCGGCGCCGCCAACAUGGCGCUCAGCCUCUCCCAGGUCGGCUCCCACCUCGCCUCCACCCUCCAGGACCACGGCCACCACCACCACCAUCACGGCGCCUCCCCGGACCUCCUCCGCUUCGGCGGCAGCGGCGGUGGCGCCAUGGCUGCACGCCUCGAGCACCUCCUGUCGUCGUCCAGCGCCUCCGCGUUCCGGCCCCUGCCGCCGCCGCAGCAGCAGCCUCCGGCGCCGUUCCUCCUCGGCGCGGCGCCGCAGGGGUUCGGCGACGGCGGCGACGGCAGUGGUCCGCACGGAUUCUUGCAGGGUAAGCCGUUCCAUGGCCUCAUGCAGCUCCCUGACCUCCAAGGGAAUGGCACCGGCGGGCCGUCGCCGUCGGGUCCGGGUCUCUACAACCUCGGCUACAUCGCCAACAGCGCGAACAGCUCGGGUACUUCCAGCCAUGGCCACGCGAGCCAGGGACAGAUGACGAACACCGACCAGUUCAGCGAAGGAGGGGGUGGUGGCGGCGGCGGCGGCGGUUCAGAGACAUCGGCGGCGGCGCUGUUCGGCGCCGGUGGGAACUUCUCCGGCGGCGACCACCACCAGGUUUCUCCUGCCGGGAUGUACGCGAAUGAUCAGGCCAUGAUGCUGCCGCAGAUGUCGGCGACCGCGCUGCUCCAGAAGGCGGCGCAGAUGGGCUCGAGCACGUCGAGCGCGAACGGCGCCGGCGCGUCCGUGUUCGGCGGCGGCUUCGCCGGCUCGUCGGCGCCGUCGUCCAUCCCGCACGGCCGCGGGACGACCAUGGUCGACCAGGGGCAGAUGCACCUCCAGAGCCUGAUGAACUCGCUCGCCGGCGGUGGCAACGCCGACCACCAGGGCAUGUUUGGGAGUGGCAGCAUGAUUGACCCGAGGCUGUACGACAUGGACCAGCACGAGGUGAAGUUCAGCCUGCAGCGCGGCGGCGGCGGCGGCGGCGACGGCGACGUGACGCGUGACUUCCUCGGCGUCGGCGGCGGCGGUUUCAUGAGGGGGAUGUCGAUGGCGAGAGGGGAGCACCAUGGCGGUGGCGGCAGCGACAUGCAUGGCACCUUGGAGGCCGAGAUGAAGUCGGCGUCGUCGUCCUUCAACGGAGGCAGGAUGCAAUGAUCUCUUAAGCAUAUAUACGUGGCACGUUGGCAUCAACAUGCAUGGCAGGAAUAAGUUGUUGAUUUGCAGGUUGCAAUACAAUGCUGUGACUUGUGACACAUGUGAUAGAUGUUUUUGCAUGCAUCCAUGCAAAAGGAUAAAGCCAGCUUUGAUGAUGAUACAAUCUUAGCGAGAGACAUGGUGAGCAGAAGAGCUUCUCCUAGACUCCUACUAAUGCAUGAUGAAGCUAGAUCAACAGGAAUCAUGAGACUUGAGCUGAAGUUAGGCGUUAUUACUGCAAUAUACUAUUCUGUUCCUGAUAGAUCUUAUUGCUAAAUUUCAUUUGAAAGAAUAGGUCUUGCUAAAUGUAAUUGGGUUAAUUGUACUGGAUCAGGGAUAACUGCAAUGAGACUGUAUUAUCUUCUUCUUUCUUUUCUGUCAGACGAAUUAUAGGUCUGUGGGGGAUAAUGAGACUUAAUUACCCUACUGAUCUUUUCUAUUUUUUGUCCUCUUUCAGUCAUUCAGUUAACCCUCUAGAGCAAAAAUAUUGUUCUUGCAAUUAAUGCAGUUAAUCAUGAUAUAUA